GAACGUUGUGGCUGGCUGGCUGGCUGGCUCUUCUGUGUUGGCCGUGUGGCUGACUCGCUGGCUGCUGCUGCUGUUGUUGAUGUUGUCGAUUAUUUUUGGGGGGCCAACACAAAAAUGGCAACACUACACGAUUUUAGUUGUAUUUCUACUGUUGUCAUUGUCGCUACACACAACAUCUGUAAUUUAUAUUGAAUUUUUCGAAUUGUGGUGUGUUUUCCUUUCGUAUUUACGUACCAAUGCGAAAUGCAUUCAUGCGUACCUGCCUACCUACCAUCAUAGUCAUCAACGUCGUCGGCAGCAACAAUAGCAACAACAACAACAGCAGCGGCAGCAACAAUAAUCCUACCAACUGCUACAACGUAUGCCAAAUGUUGUCGAUGUUUUUGUUCUUUAUUAUUUUUUACUGAUGUGCUUGUUGUUGUUUUUUUUAUAUUUUUUGCAUUUGCACUCUAUAGAGUUAUGGUAUUUUUUUCCUGCCUGUUUUUAUUAGUCGAUGUUGUUGAUUAUAAACGUAAAUGCAUAACGCGCGGUAAAAUAUUAUAAAAAAAUAAAUAAGAAUAAAAAAAAGAAAAUAUCGGAAUAAUUGAGAAAUAAUAACAAAAAAUGCAUUUUGGAUAAUAACCCCCCAUCAGCCAUCAAAUCAGCAAAUGAAAGUUUAAGUGAAAUUGCAUUAAUGAAACUAUCAUCGCGUAGAGAAAAAAAUCAUUCCGAAGAACGUGGCAAUAAACCGCCAAAAAAUUGUGUUUUCCACGAAUAAUGUCAGCGCAUAGAGAAACAGAUGGAAUCAGGAAAAUCCAGAAGAAAACUCACAUAAAAUAAAGAAAUAAAAAACACACACAACAAAAAAGAAAAAUCUCAACACAAGUGUAACUCUCCGCUCACUUUCAACACAACAACAUUUUUUUACUCUCACAUUGUGGAUUAGAGAGUAAAAAAACGCAGCAAGACAUUUCAUCUCCAAGUGCAGAGAAUAACAAAAAAUUGCAAUUACAACAACAACGAAAAAAGAAACAAAUAAUUUUUAUAGUUCUCGAAAAGAGAGAGAAAGAGAGAGAGCAGCAGUAAUCCUUGGCUCUUCCUUUUAGGAGUUUCGCGAAAAGGCAAGAAAUUGCAACCUUGCCUCUUGGCCUUAGAGUUGCCAGGACAACAUUUAUUGAAUUUCUGAAGUAUCCAGUAAAAAACAACAGCCUUCAAAGUGGAUUUAACAAAUUACAAUAAAAUGCUGCAGGCGAGCAGUCAAUAUCUGCGGCCGGACUAUUUGGCGGCACCAACUGCGAUCGACACGAAAAGCAGUCCACUGGCCCUGCUGGCGCAGACAUGCAGCGCAAUUGGUGCCGACACAACAAAUCCCAAAUUGCUGGCAGCAAAUAUUGAAAAAGCAACCAAAGCCCACAAAUCCUCAUCGGCUUCGUCGUUGGAUAAUCGUGAUAAAUCAUCGCCCCUCAGUAGUCAUUCUUCCGUCUCGACCGGUUCGGCAGAACAGCAACUGCAGCACCAGCCAGCGCAGCAACAACACCAGCAACAUCAUCCACAGCAACCGCUCCAGCCCCAACCUGUCAAAUGCAGUUUUAAACCCUAUGAAACCAACAAUAAUCACAUACGGGAGCGCAGCAUCGAUGUUGAUGCUGCGGAACAGGCAACAAAUCUGACACAAGCCCAUGCCCAAAUGCAGCAGCAGCAUCAGCAACAACAACAACAGCAUCAACGGGUGAAGACACCGAAAAUUAGCAACAAUGGCAGCACUAAUGGCCGUUGUGAUUCCAAUCAGAGUGCCUCCUCACAACGAGGAGAAUCGCCUGCAAUUAAUGGUGGUGGAGGUGGUGGCGGGGGAGGGUCAUUGAGGCGUACCCCCUCCUCGGUGAAUAGUUUGCAACAGGAUCUGCAACAACAGCAACGUGCAUUAAAUAGUCCAGCCCAUCACCACCCACAACAACAACACAAAACCAAAGAGCUAAAUCUUAAUGGAGGUUCUCUGGAGACCUCUCACAGUACGACAGCAACAACAACAUCUAGUCCAUCACAACAGAGUUCGGCGGCAGCAACAUCAGCCCGUCUGCAGGCCUCCAAUGAGGCAGCUGCCUUGGCCCAAGCCUCCAAGGAGGCCAGCUAUAUGAAAGCUUUACAGGCAGCAGCUGCUGCCAGUGGUGGCUCCGCAUCUUCUGCAUCUGCUGCAUACUAUCCCGGCUAUCCCUCGAGCAUGCCCUAUCCCAUGGACCUUAUGACGGCCAGUGCAUUGAUGUCACCACAUCAUCCCAUGUUUAAGGCUGCCUCACUGAAUCCCUAUCUCAACUAUGCCCGGCUGAAAGGUUUGGAAAUGCAACCGAACAUCUGUCGAGAUCCCUAUUGCACAGGCUGUCCCUCAAGUCCUCAUUUUCUGAAUAAGGCCGCGGGCCAACCAUGCCCGGCCGGUUGUCCCCAGUGUGAAAGAGAGGGAAAAAGUGGUUCAUCUGCCGCCGCCGCCGCAGCAGCCUCCUCGUAUCAUGCCCAGCUUGCCGCCCUGGCGGCAGCAUCACAAAUGCCUUACGUUUGUUCAUGGAUCGGUGGCGAUACACCGUAUUGUGGCAAACGUUUUGCCACCUCCGAUGAGUUGUUUCAACAUUUACGUACCCACACGGCUUCCCUACCCGAAUCGGUGUUAACCGCUGCCGCCCAAGGUGGCAUUCCGCCCAAUCAUCCGCUAUUUCAACGAACAUAUCCCACACCGCCUCUCAGUCCACUGUCAGCAGCCCGCUAUCAUCCGUAUGGAAAACCGUCCAUGCUGCCACCAUCGUUGGCCGCCGCCGCUGCUGCCGCUCCACCCGGUUCUCUGGCCAGUCUGCAAAUGCAACAGCAUCCAGCAUUGGCACAAUAUUUCUCACCAUAUUCCCUGUAUGGACCGCGUAUGGGUUCGUCACAUCCAUAGUCCGGCAAUGGUGGUGGUGGUAUGGAGGGCUAUAAGAAGUAAAUUUCAUAAUUUUAGAUAUUUGCUUUUAAAAAUUUUUAAAAUUAUUUUCAAAAAAAAAAUAAAUAUUUUUUUUCAGAAAUAUUAAAUAUUAUUUUCAAAAUUUAAAAGGUGUACCUUACAUCAAUUUUUGUCUGAGGGCAUAAAAUGAAGUUUUAAACGGAAGAUUUCAAUAUCGGUAAGUGGUGUAAGGUAUAAAACAAUCGUUUACAUUUGACAUUAGUCCAUUUAAAUCAUCUUCAAAAACAUAUUAUGAAUUUUAUAUUCUAUCACUUCAAAAUUUUUUAAAUUCCCAAUUUUUUUCUCUUUGAGAAAAAAAUCAUUUUGCAAAAAAAGAAAAAGAAAACUGAAAUAAAAGCUCGUGAUGUUAGUUAAGCAUUAUAAGAUUUAAAAACAAAUGAUAAAUAAACAAAUUAAAAUAAAAACAAUAAACUAAACAUUGUAAAAUGGAAUUAAAUAAUUAUUUAUAAUUGCAAUUAUUUAUUAUUGUCACUCACCCAGACACACACACGCAUGGUGUUAAAACAAAAUGUCUAUUUAAUAUAAUAAAUAAUAGUAAUACGUAUUAAAUAUGUUUGUCCAAAAAAUUAAAAAAAAAGUGAAUAAAAAUAAAUAUUUAAAUUACAUUACACACACACCAACACUAUAAGUACUGUAUAUUUCAAAUGUAAAUUCAUUUCCAAAUAUAAGCAGAAAAUAAAAACAAAAAACUAUAUAAUUAUUUAAAUCUAUCAUGUAAUUAAAUAUAUUUUAAAAUAUUUAAAACAAAAUAAAUAUUAAUUUCAAUAAACAC